CAUAUUGUGCAGUGUGCACUAUCCUAUCGUACCAGUAAACAUUUCGCAGAAAUUGUAUACUGGCCUACAUUUAUAACAUUCUAAGAAUAGAGUGGCAUAGGGUAUACUCUUCCUACUGGCUGGAUUAUAACCUCCCAGAUAUGUGAAUAUGGAGUUCAUGACUGAUGAAGCUUUGUCUACGGGGCAAUGUCAGGCAAGGUUUUGUGUCAAAAGGAGGGAGGAUGGAAGUCCGUCGCGGUCAGGAUGGAGGUAAAUAUAUAACCAUUCUACUGCUGCUGCUUGGUGUCAUCCCUGGGAACCAUGUGUCCUGUAUAGAGGAUCUGCCUGAGAAAAUCAUGGUGGAGUGUGGAACUGAAAAGUGCAAUAUUUUGGAACAGUUUUGCACACUAAACGGUCGUUGUGAUUACUGCAACGAAGAUGAAUGCAAGCUACCGAUAGCUCCUGGAGAGAGACCGCUUCAGUGUUUCUUCAAAUGCAAUCACGUCAUGGAGAAACUAAAGAACUACUCAUCUGGCUAUUAUCCGAACUGGAUUGUAUACCUACUUGGUCCGUAUGCUGCCCUAGUGACACUGCUACUCGCGUUACUGUGUUGGAAAACUCGAACAACGGCAACAAAAUGUUGCUGUCGGAGGGAAAUCCAGACGCCAUCAGAGGAACAAGACUUAGUAAGCCAACCUGUCGCAGAAAACAAUGAAAGCCCACCAGCAGCACAAGGAUCUUCUCGUAGAUCACCUGUCAUUACCUCCCCACAAAACGACCGGGAAUGUGAAAACGCUAUCACGUCAAGUCAAUAGACUGAAUAAUUUCUUAUUGAAAUGAUGAUAAAUGCUUAUUGAUAUGUGAUGACUCGUGAUAGUUUUCCUUCUGCUCAUACUCGGAAUACUGAAUAGAUAUAAACCAGAAAUAUGUUUUAUGAGAAGUUCUUUUUACACAACCAAUAACAUUUUCUAUGUGACGUUUCGAUGAUAUUU